AGACUAGGUGGCCGCGAUGUCUGACGUACCUUAUGAGAAUAAUUGGGACAACACUGCCCUCUGGACCAAAGAUUCUCCACCGUACUUCGUCUCACCGAUGUCCAGGUUCAAACGCUGGUUAUUUCCUGGUCUGACUGCUGUGGUCCUGUUGAUUCUGAUCAUAGUGCUUGGAGUUACCAACACAAAGACAUCGAAAUAUCUGUGGUCUGUGGAUCAGAGAGUUUCCAACAUGAGUGACACCAUCCAGUCAUUUAACACCUCACUGCAUCAAGCUCAAGAAACAGCUAAGCAAGUUCAGCAGCUGCAGUUUACUGUUGAGAACAACAAGGACCAGCUUACCUCAGUGUCGGAGGCCAUGAAGCAGCUGGCACUCAUCGACACACUCACCAAGAAUAUUGCAGCCAUCAAAUGUUCCCUUGAACACAUCAUCAACAACAGUUCAACUACAGGUGGUUGUUGUCCUCUGGGUUGGACUGUGUUUGAGUCCAACUGUUACUUCUUCAGCAGUGAUUCUCGGUCCUGGAACCAGUCCAGAGACUGGUGUCAAACACAACAAGCCCACCUGGUCAUUCUGCGUAACGACAAGGAGUGGGACUUUGUGACCCGUAAUACAAUCCCUCAAUUGUACUGGGUCGGUUUGUCUGACUCCAGAACUGGGAGGUGGGAGUGGGUGAACCAGACACCAUACAGGAUUGAGCGCAGGCGAUGGAGACCCGGGCAGCCUGACAGCUGGACUGGGCACGGUCUUGGAGGGGAUGAAGACUGUGCUCACCUUCACAGUGAUGGACGCCUGAAUGACCACCACUGCUCCACCAGGUAG